AUGGCGAGCGGACGCAUGUCCAUGUACUCGGUGGCCUCCGAGGGCAUGGGAGGUCCUCGUGCCGGCCAACAACCCUCGCAGUUUUCCACCACGACCCUCCUCAACGCUAUUCACAACAUUUACCUGUCGUCUCAACCCUUCAAGUUGGACGCUGGCACCAGUCUUGUCGUCAACACAUGGCUCACCGCAGCACAGGCCGGACCGGACGGAAGAACAGGAGGCACCAUAGACCCUGCCCUCGGUGCCAGAGCAUGGGAACAUGCUCGCCGCCGCGCUGAGGAUGGCUGCAUCAUUCUCGGCCCCUCGGUCCUCACGCCAUUCCUCUCAUCUCUACCGCUCAAUAUCCCGUCAUCCGUCUACAGGUCACUCGAAGCCAUCCAACCUUUCCUGAGAUGCUCCACCCCCUACAACCCCUCCGCUUCCAGACAGUCUGCCCUCGGCGUCACCUUGACACUCAACCUGGCCGGUAACUUCCAGGGAGCCGCCAUCGCCCUGUCCCAGGGUGGCAUCGAUACCGCAAAGGGCCUGCUCAACAUCCCCUCUGAACCGGGAUACCGCGCCUUUGACGUUUUUUACUACCUGUUGACGUCGGUCUCUACGCCGGCCGAGAGAGAGUUCCUGGGCCUCAAGCCCGCCUCCAGCUAUGCCCUGCUUGCGAGAUCCGGCACAUACGACCCGCCCUCCUACCUCCCCACCGCUGACGAUGCCGCCGCUGCCGAUGAUUUCAGAACCGCCCUCAAGGACAUUGGCAUCAAGGGCUCUGCGUACCGCAACCUCAUCUCUACCCUUGCCGGUCUGCUCAAGCUCGGCGACACGCUCGACUACAACCUGGACGAGGACGUCUUUGACGAAAUCUGCGAGGAUGUGAGCGGCUUGCUGGGUAUGGACCCCGAGACCCUUGCCACGCAGUGCACGACGCAGGACCGGUCAACGCUGGUCGGCGGUCUGUACGAGGCAUUGGUCGACUGGGUCAUCUCCAAGGCCAACCAGGCGAUUUCUGCACAGAUGGCCCGUAUCAGAGACGGCACCGAGUCCAUCGCAGGUGGUGCCCGCACGCCCACUUCCAACGGCGACGGCGACACCGUCUGCAUCACCAUCUUGGAUGUCCCUGACCCAACCCUGGGCAAGGCCUUGACCAUGCGUGGAAUCUUUGACGAUACCGUAGGCAUCAACUCGGAGAUGAUUGCUGACGGCAUCGAGGCCUCGCCUGCCGGCAGCACCGUCGUGCGUGAGAUGCAGACGGCCGUUGCGGAAGUUGGCCAUGAGCUCGGCAUCAUGUCUGGUGCCGCCGGCAAGGACCGCCAGCACGCCCUCGAGAAGCGUGAAGAGGUCCUCGAAAAGAUUGGACACUCUGCCGACGACGACGCGUUUCUAAAGAAGCUGCUCUUUCCGGUCUCCGGCCAGGGCAUCAACCUGGGGGUUACUGGACGUCUUGAGCUCGCAUCCCUCCUCAGCUCCAGCCGCGUGUGGUACCACCUCUCGAUCCACCCCACCGACGACUCUCCCGCCAGCUUGGCUGCUCUGCCUUCAGUCAACUCUGCCUGGUCAGCCGGCACGGUCUCCCGCCAGCUCCGCUCCUGGAGGCUGCCUGAGUGGGCCAACAGGCGAAACAAGAACCUGGACUUCACUGCCGAUUUCGAUAUCGACGAGUUUGUCCAGCGAUACGCUGCGUUGGGCUGCCAAGAUGGCCGCGAGGGCAUCGAGACGUGGAUUCUCGAGCGCGGAUGGACCAACGGUGAGGUCAUUGUUGGCAAGGAGCGUGUGUGGACGCGUGAGAGCGCUUGGUGGGAGGCGGAGAGCAUGCUCGACAUGAAGCCCCUCGACAACAAUCUCCCCGGUAUGGGCAAUGUCCUAGCCGUCAACAACCUCGAGUCGGGCUACUCGGCAAACGGCAGCGGCUACUUCCCGACGCCCAUGCUCGACACGACGCCCAACGGCAGCCGUGAUCACCUCAUUGCUCACCAGCGCAACGCCAGCCAGGGCAACCUCUCCCAACACACCCUCGCCCACAACGCCGCGAUGCGUGCUCCGUCCGUCGCUCCUUCGGGCAUGCGUCCCGCGCAGAACGGAGACUACGGCCUCGGCACCAAGGGUGACACCUACAAGGGCCAAGUCUUUUACAACAACGAGGGCGAGUUUGUCGGCCAGAUGGAUCCCGAGAUUGCUGACGGCAAGCACGUCGAGGAGAAGACCAUGGACAAGGAUCGCCGCCUCUGGGUCGCCAUUGUGUGGUUCUGGACCUUUUGGAUCCCCUCGCCUGCGCUGCGCGUCAUCGGCCGCAUGAAGCGUCCCGACGUGCGCAUGGCCUGGCGUGAAAAGUUCACCUUGGUCUGGUUCAUCGUGCUCAUUAACGCUGCUAUUGUUUUCUGGAUUAUCGGUUUCGGCAAGCUCCUGUGUCCCAACUUUGACAAGGCCUGGGACAGGACCGAAGUCGGCACGCACCAGGGCGAGACUGAUUUCUACGUCAGCUUCCGCGGUGGUGUGUACGAUGUCUCCAAGUUCUGGAAGACGCAGCACUCCGACACCAACAUUGAGACGACCAAAGCCAACAUGCUCCAAUUCGCCGGAUUGGACAUGGACGACUACUUCCCGCCCCCUCUCACUCUGGUGUGCCCCGGCCUUGGAAUCGCCUCGUCCACCGCGCUCCAGGCCAACAACACCCCCGAGUUCACAAUUGGUAUCCACAAGUCUGGCUCCUUGGCCGACGACCGUACUAGCGCGCUCGGAGACAGUGACUGGUACAGCAAGAAGCUGCUGCCGCGCAUGAAGGAGUUCUACAAGGGCGACCUCGUCUGGGACAAGAGUGACGUCAAGUCGGACGGCCAGGACAACAGCCACAUGUGGGUUAUCUACAACGGCGGCGUCUACGACUUUACAAACUACUACCACACUCAGGAUGUCUUCAAGCAGGUCGACACGUACAAGUUCCUCAACACCAAGAUGAUGAGCGCUGUCGAGAACAACCCGGGUGAAGACAUCACCGACAACUGGAACACCAUCAUCAAGGCCGCCGCCAGCAACUCGACCGAGAACACCAGCGUCCAGAACAGUCUCAACUGCGCCAAGAAUCUGUUCUACGUGGGUAUUCCAGACUUCCGCUACUCCGCUAGGUGCCAGACCAACAACUACAUCAUGUUAGCCAUGACGAUUAUUCUCUGCGCCGUCAUUCUCAUCAAGUUCUUGGCUGCUCUGCAGUUCGGUUCCAAGCGUCGUCCCGCGCCGCAAGACAAGUUUGUUAUCUGUCAAGUGCCGGCCUAUACCGAAGGCGAAGACUCGCUGCGAAAGGCGCUCGACUCUUUGACGGCUCUUCAGUACGACAACAAGCGCAAGCUCAUCUGCGUCAUUUGCGACGGUGUCAUUGUCGGUGAAGGCAACGAUCGUCCCACCCCCAAGAUUGUCCUGGAUAUCCUCGGCGUCGACCCCAAGGUUGACCCGCCCGCGCUGCCCUUCAAGUCUGUCGGCACGGGCAGCGAGCAACUCAACUACGGCAAGGUGUACUCUGGUCUGUACGAGUUCGAAGGCAACGUCGUCCCCUACCUCGUCAUUGUCAAAUGCGGCAAGGAAUCCGAGCAGAGCAAGGCCAAGCCCGGCAACAGAGGCAAGCGUGACUCCCAGAUCCUGCUGAUGAGCUUCCUCAACCGCGUCCACCACCGUUCCCCCAUGUCCCCGCUCGAGCUAGAAAUGUUCCACCAGAUCAACAACAUCAUCGGCGUGGAUCCCGAGCUGUACGAAUACCUGAUGAUGAUUGACGCCGAUACCUGUGUCCGGGAAGACUCGCUCAACAGACUGGUUUCCGCCUGUGCCAACGACGCCAAGAUUGCCGGUAUCUGUGGUGAGACUGGUCUGCAAAACGACGACAAGACCUGGUGGACCAUGAUUCAAGUCUACGAGUACUUCAUCUCCCACAACCUGGCCAAGGCUUUCGAGUCUCUCUUCGGAUCCGUCACCUCCAGUUUCACAAUGUACCGUCUGCGGACCGUCGACAAGGGCAAGCCGCUCAUUAUCUCAGACGGCAUCAUUCGCGACUACGCCGUGUGUGACGUCGACACCCUCCACAAGAAGAACCUGCUGUCGCUUGGUGAGGAUCGUUACCUGACGACGCUGAUGACCAAGUACUUCCCGUCCAUGAAGUUCAAGUUCAUCCCCGACGCGUACUGCCAGACUGCUGCCCCCGAAUCGUGGAGCGUUCUGCUGUCCCAACGUCGUCGCUGGAUCAACUCCACCAUCCACAACCUGUUUGAACUGAUGAAGCUCAAGGAGAUGUGCGGUUUCUGCUGCUUCAGCAUGCGCUUCAUCGUCUUUGUUGAUCUCUUUGGUACCAUUAUUCUCCCGGCGACGACCUUUUACCUCGGCUACCUUAUCUACCUCGUGGCCAGUAAGACCGGACAAUUCCCCAUGAUUUCCAUCAUUAUGCUCGCCGCGGUGUACGGUCUCCAAGCCCUCAUCUUCAUCCUGAAACGGCAAUGGCAGCACAUCGGAUGGAUGAUUAUCUACAUCCUCGCUUUCCCCAUCUACAACUUUGCGCUCCCCAUCUACUCCUUCUGGAACCAGGACAACUUCUCGUGGGGUAACACGCGUAUCGUCAUUGGAGAAAAGGGCAUGAAGAAGCUCGUCGCCGUCGACGACGAAGGCUUCGACCCCCGCAGCAUCCCCCUCCAGCGCUGGGACGACUACGCCAUGAUGAACAACCUCCCCGGCCGCCGCGGCGGCUACAUGGAGAAGGCCGACAUGGGCUACGACGACCAGUACGAGAUGGACGAGAUCCGCUCUGUUUACUCGUCCGUCCGCCAGGGCUCCGUCCUCACGGGCAUGAACCGCAACAACCACUACGUCCCGCCCCAGUCGCCCGCGCCCUUUGGCGGCAUGGCGCGCGCCUCGGGCGCCACGAGCCCCUACCACCACGACCAGCACAUGGCCAACCGCCAAUCCAUGGUCUCGCUCGGCGCCCACGAUAUCAACCGCGGCCAGACGCCCUUCCAGGACUUCCCCAGCAGCCGGCCGAGCGUCUCCAACCUCCGCGGCCAGGCCAGCGUCUCUCCCGGCCUGGGCGUUGGGAACAACCGCUCGCAGUCGGCUCUCGGCAUCAACCGCCAGCAGGCCGGCGCCGCGCAGUCGACGUCGUCCUUCGACUUCCAGCGCGGCAACAUGCAAGGGCCCGACGACGGCAUGAUCAUUGACGCCAUCCAAGGCGUCCUGCGCGAGGUCGACCUCGACACGGUGACCAAGAAGCAGGUGCGCGCUCUCGUCGAGCAGAGGCUGCAGACGGGACUCGUCGGCGAGAGGAGGACGUUUAUGGACAGACAGAUUGACAACGAGCUGGCCAACAUGUAA